ACAUGAAAACAAUUCAAACAAUUUAAUCCUGGCUGCAGUCAACAUGCGUUCAGUUUUUGUAUAAUGUUGGUGAAAUUGAACGCAAAGCCCGUUAGCAGCUUUAACAUCAGCAGCCGAAACUGAAACAGUAUGGAUCCCGUGGUAUUCUUUGUAGUGCUCACGUCGUUGUAUGCCGCAAUAUACUUUUUUGAUCGUUUUUUUAAGAGCUGCAUGCACUAUCCCUAUGAUGCCUUUUUGCGCAACACUGGACUGACGGUAAAUUUCAUGAGUCUGCAUUGGCACACGAGCGCUUUUAAUCGCAUGCUUUUGCGGUGGGGAUCCGCCGGGAACAGUUGCACACGAAAUUUUCUAGUCAAAAGCUUUAAUGUGGGCAUGCUACUUGCCUUCUUGUUGCUACCUAUUGGCAUCAUAUUGUUGAUUAUAACUAUAUUUGGUGGGGCCCAAGGCGGCAGCAAUGUAAUGGCAACGUCGGCUACUACAUCUCCUGGGCAACUUGAAAUAUUACUGCCCGGUGUCAAUUUACCACUGCAAGAGAUUGGAUACUACAUAGCCACUCUAGUCAUGUGCACUGUAUUGCAUGAGCUUGGUCAUGCGCUGGCCGCCGUGUUAGAGGACGUUCCAGUUACUGGAUUCGGUUUUAAGCUCUAUUAUUGUAUACCAUUGGCAUAUACGGAGCUUUCGCAUGAUCAUCUAAAUGGACUACGCUGGUUUCGCAAGCUAAGAAUUCUUUGUGCAGGCAUAUGGCACAACUUUCUGUUUGCCGGCUUCUGCUAUUUGCUUAUAUCCACUAUGGGUAUGACCAUGUCACCGCUCUUUAUCUACAACCAACACGUUAUUGUGACGGAGAUAACACCGAAGUCGCCUCUGCGGACUAAACAACCAACUGAACGUGGACUUCAACUGCAAGAUGUGAUCACGCAGCUUAACGAUUGUCCUGUGACAAGUGAAGACAGCUGGUACGCCUGCCUAAAUAAUGCAUUGCGUGUGCGUUUGGGCUACUGUGUGAGCUCUGAUUUCAUACGAAUGAAUGACGAGAGCAUUGACAUAUCGCAUCACGGCGCCGAUGGCACACUGCAGUGCUGCAAUGAACUGAAUCCGAAUGUUAGCUGCUUUGAAUACGUUGAGGAUCUUACGGCAGAUGCGCCACUGGAGAUACCGCAGCAUGUUUGUCUGCACGUGCGGCGAACUUUGGAAGAUGCGACGGACUACUGCACUGUGGGUAUGUGUGGACAGGGCUUUUGCCUGCGUCCCCUAAUGCGCAACACUACGACAAUACUGACCUUCAAGCGCCAAAAUCUGUUGCAAAAAGCACUGCCGCCGGUCAUAUACGUGGGACAUCCGCGCGAUGUGCUUCACACUGUUGUCGUCUCCGGUUUUGUACCGCGAUAUCAACAUGUGAGCUCCGCCUGGCCGGAUACUAUUGCGUUACUCCUCAAAUACAAUGUGGUCUUUAGCAUUGGCCUGGCGCUCGUCAAUGCAAUACCCGUUUUUGGUUUUGAUGGUGCUCACAUCACUAGCACCGUAAUUCACAGCUUUCUCAUUGGACGCGUGGAGCAGCAUGCGAAGCGGGAUCUUAUUUCGCUGAUCAUUACCAGCGUAGGCUCGCUACUCUUUGCGUUAGCGCUGCUCAAAGUCGCGCUGGGCAUGUUGCGACCACUUUUAGCGUAAGCUUCUUCAACAGCACAAAUGCUAUAAACCAUAGUUAACAUGUACCAAUUCACCAAGACGCUAGACUGCUAUUACACAAGCUCACAUAUAAAGACAACGAUUUGUAGCACCUUAAAGGUUUUAUAGCUUUGGACACGGAAAUGUGUUAGUUUUUAAUAUUUAUUUGUAAUGGUUGUAAUGCAUCGUUUGUCAGGCUCAAAUAAACAGGCAUUUUCCUUA